GAUGGAUUCAUCCUCCUCACAACUCCUCACAGCUGCAACAGCGGCCAACUCAUCCUUCUACCUGUCCCAAUGGAGAUCACAGGUGAUGAUGGGAGUGGAAUCCUCAUUGCUUGCACAGCAGAGCAGCCUCCUCCGCACGGUCCUUGCAUGCAUCCUCUCGUUCUUGGCGGCGACCAUGUCCAGCGCCGCAGGCGUCGGUGGUGGCUCGCUGUACGUCCCGAUCCUCAACAUCGUGGCCGGGCUGAGCCUCAAGACCUCCGUGGCGUUCUCGACGUUCAUGGUGACCGGCGGCACGCUGUCCAACGUGCUCUACACCCUGCUGGCCCGUGGCCCUGGGCUGAUCGACUACGAUGUCGCCGUGGUCUCGCAGCCGUGUCUGCUCCUCGGGGUGAGCGUCGGGGUGGUGUGCAACGUCGUGUUCCCCGAGUGGCUCAUCACCGUGCUCUUCACCGGGUUUCUCUCCUUGGCAACGUUCAAGACAUACGGCACCGGGCUGAAGCGGUGGCGAGCGGAGUCGGCAGCAACGGAAAGGGGGGUGCUUGAGGGAGCGAGCACCAGGGAGGGCGCCGAGGAACCGCUGCUUAUUGGCCAGAAAGAAGGGGCCGGCCAUGGGUAUCACUGGGUGGACUUAGCGGUGCUUUUCUCCGUCUGGCUUUGCUUCUUCGUCAUUCAUCUGUUCAUAGGAGGUGAGGGUGCCAAGGGGGCUUUCGACAUAAAGCCGUGUGGCGUUGCAUACUGGCUCAUCACAGUCGCUCAAAUCCCUGUCGCCGUGGCUUUCACAGCAUGUAUCGUGCACCAAAAAGGAAAAUCGCAGACUCGGAAAAGCCAAGUGGUUGAGCUGGCAACUUCCAUGAAGAGCAGGCUGGACGCUUUACCGGUGUACGCCUUCCCGGUGGCUGCUCUGCUGACCGGUGUGAUGGGCGGACUCUUCGGCAUUGGAGGAGGACUGCUUCUCAAUCCUGUCUUACUCCACAUUGGAGUGCCCCCAAAAACAGCGUCAGCGACGACAAUGUUCAUGGUCCUCUUCUGCGCCUCCAUGUCGAUGGUCCAGUUUAUAAUCCUGGGAGUUGAUGGGAUCGUGGGCGCAUUGGUCUACGCCCUCACCUGCUUUGUGGCUUCCAUCGUUGGGCUGGUUGUGAUAGAAGGGGCCAUCAGGAGGUCAGGCAGGGUUUCGCUCAUCGUCCUCAUGGUUGCUGCCAUCUUGGCACUCAGUGCCGUCGUCAUAGCUUGCUCCGGUGGGGUCCAUGUUUGGGCGCAGUACACCAGCGGGCAGUACAUGGGCUUCAAGCUCCCAUGCUAAAAACAAGAAAAUAGAGGUGUGGAGCACGCAUGCUUAGCUGCGCCAGCAAAGUCUGAUAUGUUCAAAUAACCUCUUUUUUUAUCAUGCUUUGCUGCACUGUAAGGUACUGGGUUUGGUAUAAAUUGUACACUUCGCUAUGCUGGAUGUUUAGCUAGUGAAGAGUUCAUAUGUAAUAAUUACAGCCUUGUCUGUAAGGCGUCCUGCUUUAGACCCUUAAGCGAUAAGGUGCCCAGGCAGCGCCUUAGAAAUAUGCCCGCCUUAGAUGCUUAAGUGUCCGCUUUAGGCGUCAGAGCGGGACAUGCUCGCCUUAGGUUGCUUUACCGCCUUAUAAACAAUGAACACAAUUUGAACUGCUAUGUUUGUGAAACAAAUAAUUCGGAUAUAGACACGACCCAUGGCACAUGUUCAAAUUUCAUAGGGAAAGUACUGUUAGCCUAGGAUUAUUCUAACAGGCCCUGAAUAUGCCUACAAGUUAAUUAAAGGUGAGAAAAAAUGACAGCCUAUGUUUUCUAGGCAUAGCCGGUCACAAGCCCGGGUAAAGGAGGGUUGUGAUAGGCUUAGCGAGCCAAAGUAAGAACUAGCCAGUCCCAUGGGUAUGAAACCCAUCUGAGCAAGAGUAGUACUAGGAUGGGUGACCUCCUAGGAAGUCCUCGUGAAAGUGUUUCAUAUCCAAGGGUUGUGAUAGCUUGGCGAGCCAACGUAUAAACUAGCCAGUCCUUUGAGUAUGAAACCCAUUUGGGCGAGAGUAGUACUAGGAUGGAUGAAAGGGUUUCAUAUCUAGCCUACCCCAACUUGUUUGGGACAAAAGGCUUAGUAAGUAAGUAAAAAGUAUGAAAAAGAAAAUCUAUAAUGGAUUGUGAAUAUUCAUCUAAUUGUGUCAUAAUAAAUGUACAAUGGUAAGCAAUGCAAAUAAAGUGUAGGCAUAAAUAGUAUUUUAGACAGAGAAAUGUUUAUCACAGGUACCUCAUGACAGGCGUGUACCCUCAUGACCCCGUGUGACCUGCAACAGUACAUAACAGAAGUGGCAAUAAGUGUCAAAAUUAAUUUACUGAACUGAUUUGCAGCAGCAAUAAGUUCACACAUAGCAGCAACAAUUGGUUUACUAAAAUAUAUGCACUUCUCAGAAACAGAAAAUUUAUUUGACUUGUCCUGAAGUUGCAUAGUUAAUUCAGAAAAAUCAUAUGCAGCAUACGUCUUACAUCACUAGCAAAUUCUACAUAGAGAUUAUAGAACAAACACUCACCAGCAAUCAGCUCAAGAACCAUUAAGGCCCUAUAAGGCAGAAGGAACCCAAAUGGUUUUCAUUCGCCUACCAUGACCCAUUGAGGACAAAGCAUCCAUGUGCAGUUGCUCGAUUAGAGUAAACUA